CAACAACUUAACACGACAAUUAAACGUUCAUUAAAUGCGUUAAAAAGCUCAUAUUUCAAUAGAGUUUGUGCAUCACAAACAUAUCCGACAUGUUGAUAACAUCAUCCAUUCUCCUGGAUGCUCUCAUAUUAUUAUCAAGCGCAAUUUUCGCGCUACAUUUUUACGUUUCUUCGAGGCACAAAUAUUGGAAAAAACGCGGUGUCUACUCGCCCGACGAUACCAAACCGUUCAUCGGCCAUUUUUUCGACGUCCUUACACUGAAAACAACGUCAUUCGAAUGGCUAAAAAAAUAUUAUGACAAGGUAAACAAGGAUUUCUUCGGUUUGUACAUUUUCGACGAUCACUAUUUGAUACUCAAGAACCCCGAGCUGGUGAAGCACGUUCUGAUAAAAGACUUCAACAAUUUCGUCGACAGGAACAUUCCCGUGGGAGAGCACGAGCUUCUCCUAAAUCACGCCAUGUUCUUCCAAAAGGGCAACGUGUGGAAAGAGAACCGGUCGAGAAUCACGCCGGUAUUGAGCAGCGGAAAAUUGAAAUCCAUGUUCCCCCUAUUCCUGGACACUGCCAACGCUUUCAUGGACUAUCUGGAAAAGAAACAGGGGAUUCUGGAAACCAAAGAGGUCACCUCCAGGUACACGUGCGAGACUAUAUCGAGAUCGGCAUUCGGCGUCAAUGCCCACAGCUUCGAAGACUGGGAUUCGGAAUUCACGGUAAACAGAAGACGAGUGUUCGGAUUCUCGUUAAGGAACGCCAUUUCCCAGGGUUUGUACCUGUUCAAACCCAACUGGACGACCCUCUUCCGGGUCCAUUUCUUCGACCCAGCGGUCGUCGAGUUCUUCUCCGGCGUGUUCAUCGACAUAUUCCGGUCGCGGAACGCCAAGAACCCCGAUUACAGCGAUCUGAUCGACACCAUGAGAGAGCUGAAGGCGAAGAACGCCGAGAAAAUCGACAACCUGGUGUUCUCCGGUCACGCUGUGCAAUUUUUCGUAGCCGGUUUCGAAUCCACCAGCUCCACGGUGGCGUUCACCCUGUACAGGUUCGCUCUCGAUCCGAGCCUGCAGGACAAAGGGCGAAAGGAAGCCGAGGAGGUGGCCGAAAAAUACGGGGGAACCUUCACCUACGAAGCCCUACAGGAUUUGCACUAUUUAAAUAUGUGCAUAAACGAAACCUUGAGGAUGUAUCCGGUGGUGCCGUUUCUGCACAGGCUAUGUGUAGAGGAUUACAAAAUACCCGGCAGUGAUUGCAUCAUAGAGAAAGAUACGACCGUAUUUAUUCCGAUUUAUGGUCUCCAGAUGGACGAGAAACUAUUCCCGGAACCCCACGUGUAUAAUCCCGAAAGAUUCCGGGAUAAAUUAGACCAAGGCGAUGGAUCUUAUUACCUGCCAUUCGGCGAUGGACCCAGAAAAUGCAUAGGUGGAAGAUUGGGUUUGAUGAAUGCCAAAUUGGUCCUGGCUUCUAUACUGAGGAAUUUCGAAAUAACGAAAUGUCCGAAAACUCCUAUACCGCUGGAGUUUGAGCCUAGAAGUUUUUUAAUGCAGUCGAAAGUCGGGUUGCCAUUGAAAUUCAGCAAAUUGCAGAAAAAAAUGGCGUGAAAUAUAUAAGAAAAAUAUUAGCAUCGUAUAAAUUUGGUUAAGGAACGUUUUUAGAAAAAACUACUUAAAAUAUAAAUUGUU